AUGGGUGCGGUGGUGGACAAUCUGGAGGACCUGAUUAAUAUCUCUUUGACAUACGAAAACCCAGAAUUUCUGGAAGAGUUGGAUGAGAUUGAAAGGACUCACCUAAAGGGAAAGAGUGUAAUGGUGAGUACGAGCGUGCCUACAGACAGCGAGUACGAAUCUGAGGAGAAGGUAGGAGAUGAUAGUGAGGAGAAUGUAAGAAGAGAUGGAAAUAUGGACGAGAUUAGGGAGGAUGUUGGGGAAAAUGUCCAUCCUUACAAUAUGGACGAGAUUCGGGUAGAGGGUGGGGAAAAUGUCCAUCCUUACAAUAUGGACGAUAUUAGGGCAGAAAGUGGGGAGAAUGAAAGGCAUGAGAAUAUGGACAAAAUUAGGGAGGAUGGUGGGGAAAAUGUUCAUCCUUACAAUAUGGACGAGAUUCAGGGAGAGGGUGGGGAAAAUGUCUAUCCUUACAAUAUGGACGAUAUUAGGGCAGAAGGUGGGGAGAAUAGAAGGCAUGAGAAUAUGGACGAAUAUGGGUCAACUUUACUUGAUGAAGAAGUUGGAAACAAUGACGAGUUUGGACACCAUUUGGUCCUGGAAAAUCAGACCUAG